AUGUGUCUAAAAUAUGGAUUGCUACUUUUUGUGAUUACUUUGAACUUAAAUGGAGUACAAGCUAAUUCUCUCUGGCCACCAAAGUUGUUACGAAAACUCAAACCAGAGGAGAAGACGCAGCAACUGCCGCCACCGACAAAGAACCUUGGGGCCAGCGAUGUCAACCCAUGCAUCAGAAACGGUUGUAAGAUAUUCGGACCAUUGUGCGAGCAUGGAAAGUGCACAGAGUCUGUUUCUCUCAACUCCUGUCAAUGGAUGUGCAGCUGUGAGCCAGGGUGGCGAGGGUAUUUGUGUGAGGAAAGGGAUACAGACGGACCUUUAUCGAAAGGAUCGCAAAUAUCUAAAUCAGACGCCAAACCUGAACCAGGAACGCUUAAAGGAUUUAAAUUAAAAGUUAAAACUCCUGAAACGACAACUACUAGUACGACAACGACAACUGUUGCAUCAACUACCGUGACAGUUAAUGCUGAUGUUUCAUCAACUUCAACCAUUGUAACAUCUACUGGAACAGAUCAACCAGUAACAACCAGCACAGAACUUGGAUCAACUCCAAUUACAACUACAAGUGAUGUUAUAACUCAGACGGUACCGAGCGUCAUGAGUACGGAAUCUUCCUCUACAACGACAAAAACAGCGAACGGCCAUGAAACAACGACUGGUGUUCCAGUUUCGAGGACAACAAUCGGAGCUGACACGUCAGUUACAAUGAGUGUAACAACAGAUGCGUCAACUAGAGAUACAACAACGGUACCUUCUACUGCGACACAAAAACCUUCUUCAGAGCAUUCCACUAUACCUCAUAUUACGUCAACGUUGUCUUCUGGCGCUGUUUCGGUGACUUCUACAAGCAUAAACUCUCAACCAACAAGCUUAACCACUCUUACCCAAUCGUUGACAAGUACUGUACCAGUUUCAACCACCAAAUCUACCAUUCCAGUCAAACCUGAUUUUCCCAGAGCCUCCGCUCAAACUCAAAGGAAUACUGAGGAGACACCCACGACAAGUGUGUCACAAGAACUGACAAAAGCUGUCACCGCUGCCACGGACAUACCCGCCAUAAUGACAACAACAGUACCUCUUACCGAGACAACAACUAUCACUGAAUCUACAACAAAUAUUCAAGACACCACAUCUAUUUCUAACGGUGACAAGGUGAAGCAGCAAAUGCCUGUCGUGACUGCAGGGCAAAUCAGACCGGAUGUUAGUCAAACACAAGUCCCCGUCAACUUUGAAACCGACAACCGAUGGAUCAAGUGUUAA